CGUUAGCGGAAGGAAGCGCCCAGCUUGGGGCAGUGACGUUGUGGAGCGGCGGGGCCCGGCCCCGGCCCGAGGCCGGCAGUAUGUGGGGGGCGGCCGAUGCGGUGUGCAGCUGUCUUGACGGGGCAUGGAUGGAGAUGUGAUCACAACUGUAGCUGGUUUCGAGUCCACUAAUGACCUUUAAGCACAGUGCCAAGGCCUUGAACCGACACUGGAAAUGUGCUGGGAGGACAGUGGUGAUGUACAUGAGGUUGUCCAUUCCAGUUAGGAGUUCCAGAUUUUCAGCCUUCGCAAGUCUUCUCGUUGAUGAUUUCUGCAAAGUAGAAUGAAUGCUCUGCCAGUGGUUGGUGCUUGAGUACAAUGUUUGGAUUAAUGAGUGGGAGAAAAAAAACAAGCUUUCCUGAUUUGUCAACUGCCAUUGGCUCCUUAACUGUGAAUGAACUAGUCAUUGAACUGAAUUAGUUGAAUAAACUGAAAGAAAUGCUUCAAAGAGCAUCAGAAGAAUUCUCUCCAAAGAUGGAGAUUCCUGAGGAGGAGAUGGAUACAACUGAUACCCAAUGGGGCUGGUUUUACUUGGCUGAAUGUGGCAAAUGGCAUAUGUUUCAGACUGAUUCAAACACUCAGUGUUCAGUUAGCAGUGAAGACAUUGAAAGGAGCUUCAAAAUGAAUCCAGAAGGCUCUGUUUCUUUUACUACUGCAAAAUUUAACUACAAGUUAGACUUUUCAGUGAUGAAACAAACCAAUCUGACUACUGGAAAACAGCGUCCAAUAAAGCGAGCUCCCUUUUCUAUCAGUGCUUUCAGUUAUAUCUGUGAAAAUGAGGCUAUCCCAAUGCCUUCACACUGGGAGAAUGUAAAUACAGAGGAACCGUAUCAGCUUAUUCCUUUGCAAAAACAAACAAAUGAAUAUAAUGAAGUUUCUAGUCUCUUUGGGAAAACAAUGGAUAGCAACCGAAUUAAAAGAAUUCAGAGAAUUCAAAAUCUAGACUUGUGGGAGUUUUUUUGCAGGAAAAAAGCUCAGCUAAAGAAGAGAAGAGGUGUCCCUACCAUUAAUGAACACAUGUUAUUUCAUGGUACCAGCAAUGAAUUUGUAGAAGCAAUAUGCAUUCAUAACUUUGACUGGAGAAUAAAUGGUAUGCAUGCUGCUGUGUAUGGAAAAGGGACCUAUUUUGCAAGAGAUGCAUCGUACUCCAGUCGUUUCUGCAAAGACGAUAUGAAGCAUGGAGAUACGUUUCAAAUCCAUGGUGUCAAUCUGCAACAUCAUGUGUUCAGAACGUAUAAAGUUAUGUUUCUUGCUCGUGUUUUAACUGGAGACUAUGUCAUCGGAGAUUCCAAAUACAUGAGACCUCCUUCAAAAGAUGGGAGCUUUGUGAACUUAUUCGACAGCUGCGUGGAUAGUACUUGGAAUCCAAAGAUCUUUGUUAUCUUUGAUACCAACCAAAUCUACCCUGAAUAUUUAAUAGAGUUCUGUUAAGUUUUGCAAGGAGCCAAACUGAAUAUUAGGUUGGUUGUGAUGGAUGGUCAGUAUGUCUUUGCGAAGGAAAUAUAACUUACAAUUCUUUUUUAAAUACACGGUGGUGAACAGGGAUGGAGAUGUGAAGGAAAAUCUGGCUUACAUCUGUAAAAUCCUUUUGGCUUAAGGUUGGUUGUCCAUCUGUUAGUCCUGUAAAUAAACGUUGAUGCUUUUCAUAUUUAGGGUUUAUAAAAAAAUUUAAUAUGGCUUAGCUGAGCCUUAAUUAAAUUGGACAUUUAAUGUCUUCAAAGAAUUCUUACUGCUAUACAUUUUUAAAAAUAAUACAUAUGUAUUUAUCUAUGUGUAAAAUAUAUAUUUAUGCGUAUGAUACAGUAUGUGUACAGAUGAAUAAUCUUUUAUAAAGAUUUUAUUUAUAAUUUUACAAAAUGCAGGGGGCUUAAUAGUUAUUGGUAUAUUGCAGUAUGUAUUACUUGUAGAUUGGAGUUUAAAUCUACAGAACAAUCCGUCUAGGGAAAGCAAAGGUCUGGAAUCCUAGAAUAUCAGGGUUGGAAGGAACCUCAGGAGGUCAUCUAGUCCAACCCCCUGCUCAAAGCAGGACCAAGCCCCAGUCAGAUUUUUGCCCCAGAUCCCUAAAUGGCCCCCUCAGGGAUUGAGCUUACAAUCCUGGGUUUAGCAGGCUAAUGCUCAAACCACUGAACUGAACCAGCUGCUAGGACUAAAUCUAGGUCUCAUUCUGCUUCAAGCAACCUUGCAAUAAUGCUGUGCAACCUGUAAGUUGAAGUCUGGUUGUGACAGAAUAAUAUACCUGACAGCAGUUGUGGUCAGUAAUUAGGUAGGUAUUUAGCCCUCGAGUCCUCUGCUAGGAUCUCUUAUGUGAUCUAUAGAAUUGUUGUUUAAUAGUAAAAUGUGUUUUUUGUCAUCUCCCCUCCCUCCCUUUGAAAACGUGUGUGUGUGUGUGUGUGUGUGUAGCCGGCUUCUGUUUGUAUGCUACUGUCUUUCUAUAGCUUGGCUGGAAUUUUAAGAUGCACUCGAUGUUGACAUGACUCUACUUCCAUUGAAGUUGAUGGUAAUACUCUAUUGAAUUCAAUGGAAAAAAGAAUUAAACCAAAAUGAAGGGCUUCUAAAAAUUCCAUCCCUUAAUUUUUCCCUAUGUUUCAUGACUGGUUUUAGUAAUACUUGUAUGUGCUGUUUUUAUGUAAACCAAGUUUUCUUUCCAUUUGCAUAGAUGCAGAGUAUGGACUGUUUUUGCCAGGUAGAAUCUGAUUGGGGAGGAGAAGAGGGACCAGAAGAAAGAUCAGAAAGACCUAAACUCCCGAAGAAGGGGGACUGAGGUGUUAAAUGAGUAAAAACACAUUGGCCUUCCCUCAUGAGACUGCCUCUUUGGAUCCCUCCUCUUGGAUUCUUGCCCUGUCACACAGACCUUAGGUAUACUCAAAGUUGUGUUAGCUUUCUGGCAUGGGAGGGAGCAUAUUACUGCACAUGCACAGCCUGGCAUUAUGACCCAGCUAAUAGAGACAUGUAUCCCCUCCUCCCUAAGUCCUUUAUCUGUGUCUGUUCAUGGACUCUUGCAGUCACACCACAUGUUGGUUAUUUGUGUUCUUUGAAAUUUCUGCGAAACUUUUCCUUGACUUAUCUUCUUCAGCUGUUCAGGGCAGGGACUGUGGCUUCCUUUGUGCUUGUACAGUACCUAGCACAAUGGGCCUCCUGAGUGGGAUCUCUGGGUGUUAUUGCAAUGAUAACCAGUGAUUGGUGCUAUAGAACGGUAAACCUUCACUAAUCCACAAGCCUUGUAAUACACGCAUGCACACACAUUAAGGCGACAUCUACACUGUGAGCUAGGUGUGUGAGUCCCCUGCUCAUGUGUACAGACUUGAGCUAGCAUGAGUAUAAAUAGCAGUGUAGCUGUGGUAGCAUGGGUAGCAGCCAUGGAGGAAUGACUAAGCCAUCCCAGUGUGAGUAUGUGUACACAAGCAGAGGGAAUCACCCCUAGGUUGUAGUGAACCCUCCCGACUUCUCAUCAGAGACUUACUAGCAAAUGCGGUAGGGUGUCCUCAGACUAAGUCCUCUUUAUUUUUAUAAAAUAUUCUACAAUACAUGUACUUCGACAUUAUGAAAUUAUAAGAAGUCAAAAUAAAAAAAGUUGUACCCUUUU